AUGUCACGGUUACAAAUUGAUUUAGUUGACAUGCGUACUAGACCAGAUAAAAUUAAACAAGACGUUGUUUUUAAUUGGAUUUUAAAUUGUAUUGAUCACUUCAAUAAAUUUUGCCGGGCUUUUCGUUUGAAAAAUAAAUCAGCUGUGGAUGUUCCUGUUAAAUUAAGAGAAUUAUUUUUUGUUUUUGGUCCACCACGAUUGCUUCAUAGUGAUAAUGGAAACGAGUUUGUUGCUAGAGUUUUAACUGAAUUAAAAAAAUUGCUUCCUGAACUUUGUUUUAUACGAGGACGUCCUCGCCAUCCUCAAAGUCAAGGUUGUGUCGAACGAGCAAAUGGUGUACUUUGUGAUGCUCUUGGAAAAUGGUUGACAACAAACAACACCAUUCACUGCUUAGAAGAGCUUUUACCUGUGAAUAACAUUGAUGACGGGGAUGAUUUACCAACACCAGUGGCUGAUAUGGAUGGUAUAGUUGUUGAUCGAACGGAUGAUACGGUUGAUCUUGUGGAUAGCGACGUAAUUUCACUUGUUGAAAAGUUAACGGAUGAUGUUGUUUGUAAUUCUAUAGUUGUAAAAAAUAUCUUUAAUCCUAAUAACGAACAUAAUAUCAAUAGAAAUAAUUUACUCGAUUGUCUUCAGGAUGUUGAUUCGCUUUUAAAAUGUUCUAAUACCGACUAUGCUUCUUCACGUUCAGCUGUAUCUGAACCUUAUACACAAUCCGCAAUAAGUAUUUUAGAUGAAAUUACCUCUCCUAGUUUUCUUUCAUGGUCAGGUAUAGAUGUUAUAGCUUCUCAGCCAAUCACUUCUUCUCUUGAUCCUGAUUCUUCUACAACACAAGCUUCUUCUGGUAAUUCAUUACCAGUUUCAACCAACACUAAUAUUUCUGUAUAUUCUUCUAGUUCAUCACGCCAUGAUCUUAUACGUAAAACUGCUACCAAUAAUUACUUAAAUACCGCAAAUAAAAAGAUUAAACUGCAUCAUGUUUAUUUAAAUAAUUUAACGGAAAAGUUUGAUGUAAAUGAUUGUGUAGGCGUUCAAAUCCAUACAAUUGAUCGUACAAAUACAGACGCAAAACUUUUACCCUGCUUAAUUCUUGAAAAAAACAGAAAAAAUGAUGAUCUUGUUUUCAAAUUAGUUUGUCAAUACGGUAAACUACAGAGUGCAUUCUCAGUUGAAAUUCUUGUAGAUUUAAAAUCAGCUUGUCCACAAGAAUUAAAACAACUUAGUGUUGAUGAAUUAAAAGAUAUUUCGUUUAUCGAAGUAUGUAAACUAUAUGUAAGUGGCGCAGUGAGCGGAAGGGCAUGUGAUUGUUACUGUCCAUGUAAAAAAGCUAAUGUAUCAUGUUCGACAAAAUGUCAUUCAAAGAGAGGCGCUUGUCAGAAUAUGGGAGACUAG